ACUGACUGAUCAAGCAGGAAAUAAUCAGAAAUACUUUUGUCCAGAAUGAACCGUCCAACUAAAGCAGAGAGAUGAAGAACAUGAACAGAAUCAUCAGUUUUAUGCUUUAUUGUCUGUUUUUGUGCUCCUCGGUUUUCUCUAAUGAUGAUACACAGGUCUCCUGUCAGGUCAGCAAGACUUGUAUCUUACCCUGCAGUUUCACAGCUCAUGAUGACGUUGUCAUCCACUGGAUUCAAGAGACUCCACCACAGUCCCGGGUUCAAGAGACUCCACCAGAGUCCCGGGUUCACUCCUACUAUCACAAACAAAACCAACUGGGAGAGCAGCACCAGAGGUUCAGAGGAAGAACAUCUCUGUUUAAGGACCAGAUCUCCAGAGGAAACGCUUCCCUGCUGCUGAGAGGAGUGAAGGUUCAGGACCAGGGCAGAUAUCUGUGUUACAUCACUGGAAAUGAGGAGAACUUCAUCCACCUGAAUGUGAACGCUCCAGUCCAGCACGUCAACAUAGAACAGGUACAAAAUAAAAUCACCUGCAGCUCAGAGGGGAUCUAUCUUGAACCUGGACUCAUCUGGACCACCAGUCCUCCAUCCAGCAUGAACCUGCAGAACCCACCAACAGUCCAGCAGACUGAACAGCAGCUUUACAGCAUCAGCAGCUCUCUGGUCCUUUCAGACGGAGAUACUGACCUGGACUACAUCUGCACCGUCAGCACUCCAGCAAACAGCAGGAGAUCCACUUUGCUUCAACCAGCUGUUAUAAGUGGAUCACACACUGAAACAUUCAUCUCCUGCUCAACCGACAAUUAUCCAAUAAAGUAUCUCACCUGGACAUUUAACCACAAAGAGAUCAUCCUGACCCAAAGGGGACAUGAAGGGUUCUACAUAACUACAGAGAGGUGGAAGCAGCAUGUGAUGACUGUAUCAAGGACAGGAAGUCUCACUCUGAAGCAUUUAUCUUCAGACCAGACAGGAACAUACAAAUGUGAACUCAGGGAUGAAGAGGAAACAUACGUGAAAUACACCUUUCUUCACAUACCAAAAGACAGGACCGGAGUUAUUGUAGGAGUGGUGAUGGGUUUGCUGCUGCUGCUGGUGGUCUUGGUUUCUGGAGCCGUUGGUUACAAAUACAGGAAAAGCGUGCAGGAAUACAGGAAAAGGAGGAAAGAAAGGAAGAAGAGGAAAAAAAUAGAAGGAGAGGAGGUUCUGGUUCUGUUGGGCAUGAAGGAGCAGGACUCAAAAGAAGGGGUUAAACAGAGACUGAUCUCAGCUAUGAAGGACCGCAGAGAAGUUCGCAUUCAGCUUCAAACACGUGACGAUGUGACAUCUGAGGACCAGGAUGACUCCAGGAGUGACAACUAUACUGUAAAAAUGUGGUUGAAGGACACUUUGGAGGAUUUGGACUCCAGUGGGCUGAAGGAAUUCCACUGGUACCUGGUGAAUGCAGAAGAAUCAAAGGAUGGUUUCAAACCGAUCCCAGUGUGUGAUCUGGAGCAUGCGGACAUAUUGAAGACAGCAGAUCUGAUGAUGCAGAGGUUCUCCUCAAAUACCAAAGAGGUGGCCGAGACGAUUUUAAAGAAGAUGAAAAGAGAUAAAGUUUGUAAAAAGUUGAAGUCUAAGCUGAAGGAGAAGUACCAGCAUGUGUCUGAGGGGAUUAUUAAAGCAGGAAACCCAACCAUUCUGGAUCAGAUCUACACGGAGCUCUACAUCACAGAGGGAGGGACUGGAGAGGUCGACGAUGAACAUGAAGUCAGACAGAUUGAAGCAGCUUCCAGGAAACCAGACAGAGCAGAAACAGCCAUCAGACAGGAAGACAUCUUUAAACCCCCACCUGGAAGAGAUAAACCAAUCAGAACGGUGAUGACGAAGGGAGUGGCCGGCAUCGGGAAAACAGUCCUAACACAGAAGUUCAGUCUGGACUGGGCUGAAGGCACAACCAACCAGGACAUCCAGUUACUGCUUCCAUUCACCUUCAGACAGCUGAAUGUGCUGAGAGAGGAGAAGUUCAGCUUGGUGGAACUUGUUCAUCACUUCUUCUCUGAAACCAAAGGAAUCUGCAGCUUUGAAGAGUUCCAGGUCGUGUUCAUCUUUGACGGUCUGGAUGAGAGUCGACUUCCUCUGAACUUCCACAAAAAUGAGGUCCUGACUGAUGUUACAGAGUCCACCUCAGUGGCUGUGCUGCUGACAAACCUCAUCAGGAGGAACCUGCUUCCUUCUGCUCGUCUCUGGAUCACCACACGACCCGCAGCAGCCAAUCAGAUCCCUCCUUACUGUGUUGACAUGGUGACAGAGGUCAGAGGGUUCACUAACCCACAGAAGGAGGAAUACUUCAGGAAGAGGUUCAGAGAUGAGGAGCAGACCAGCAGGAUCGUCUCCCACAUCAAGACAUCACGGAGCCUCCACAUCAUGUGCCACAUCCCAGUCUUCUGCUGGAUCACUGCUACGGUCCUGGAGAACGUCCUGGAAACCAGAGAGGGAGGGCGGCUGCCCAAGACCCUGACUGAGAUGUACAUCCACUUCCUGGUGGUCCAGGCCAAACUGAAGAAGGUCAAGUAUCACGGAGGAGCUGAGACGAAUCCACACUGGAGUCCAGAGAGCAGGAAGAUGGUGGAGUCUCUGGGAAAACUGGCAUUUGAGCAGCUGCGGAAAGGAAACCUGAUCUUCUAUGAAUCAGACCUGAGAGAGUGUGGCAUCGAUGUCACAGACACUUCAGUGUACUCAGGAGUGUUCACCCAGAUCUUUAGAGAGGAGAGAAACAUGUACCAGGACCAGGUCUUCUGCUUCAUCCAUCUGAGUGUCCAGGAGUUUCUGGCUGCUCUUCAUGUCCAUCUGACCUUCAUCAGCUCUGGAGUCAACCUGCUGGAGGAGCAAAGAAACACCUUCAGGUUGGGAAGUGCAGAGACUGACUUCUAUCAGACAGCUGUGGACAAGACCUUACAGAGUCCAAACGGACACCUGGACUUGUUCCUCCGUUUCCUCCUGGGUCUUUCACUGGAGACCAAUCAGAACCUCCUACGAGGUCUGAUGGAACCAAAACAAAGAAGUUCACAGGAAACAGUUGAAUACAUAAAGAAGAAGAUCAGUGAGGAUCUGUCUGCAGAGAGAAGCAUCAACCUGUUCCACUGUCUGAGUGAUCUGAACGAUCGGUCUCUGGUGGAGGAGGUCCAACGGUACCUGAGGUCAGGACGUCUCUUCAGAGUUAAACCGUCUCCUUCUCAGUGGUCGGCUCUGGUCUUCAUCUUACUGUCAUCAGAAGAUCUGGAGGAGUUUGACCUGAAGAAGUUCCGAGCUUCAGAAAAGGUUCUACGGAGGCUGCUGCCGGUGGUCAAAGCCUCCAAGAAAGUUCUGUUGAGAGGCUGUAAACUCUCAGGGAACAUCUGUCCACUUCUGUCCUCAGUUCUCAGCUCUCAGUCCUCCAGUCUGACAGAACUGGACCUGAGCUACAACCCCCUGCAGGAUUCUGGACUGAAGCAGCUGUGUCCUGGACUGGAGAGUCCACACUGUCACCUGGAGUCUCUCAGGUUGAAGUGGUGCGGUCUGUCAGAGAUCAGCUGUUCUUCUCUGGGCCCAGCUCUGAAGUCCAACCCCUCCCAUCUGAAAUAUCUGGACCUGAGCAGGAACAAGCUGCAGGAUUCAGGAGUGAAACAUCUGAGUGGAUUUCUGGAGAGUCCAGACUGCAGACUGGAGACUCUGAGGUUGAGGAGCUGCGGUCUGUCAGAGAUCAGCUGUUCUUCUCUGGUCUCAGCUCUGAAGUCCAACCCCUCCCAUCUGAAACUUCUGGACCUGAGUAAGAACAACCUGCAUGAUUCAGGAGUGAAACAUCUGAGUGGAUUUCUGGAGAGUCCAGACUGCAGACUGGAGACUCUGAGGUUGUUGAACUGCAGUUUGUCAGAGAUCAGCUGUUCUUCUCUGGGCUCAGCUCUGAAGUCCAACCCCUCCCAUCUGAAACAUCUGGACCUGAGUGGGAACCAGAACCUGCGUGAUUCAGGAGUGAAACAUCUGUGUGGAUUUCUGGAGAGUCCAGACUGCAGACUGGAGACUCUGAGAUUGGCGAGGUGCAGGUUGUCAAAGAUCAGCUGUUCUUCUCUGGUCUCAGCUCUAAAGUCCGACCCCUCCCAUCUGGAACAUCUGGACCUGAGUCUGAACCACCUGAAGGCUGCAGAUGUGAAGCAGCUUUCUGAUCUGGUGGAGAGUCCCGACUACAAGCUGCAGGAUCUCAGGUGGAGAUGAUGAGAGUGUUCAGGACGGAUGUGUCAUGUCCUGAUCGUCCUCAGAGUUGAAGCAGAACCAGUUUGUGUGGACAGACUCUGACUGGACCGUGAUGAAGAUGAAGAUGAAGAUGUACAUAGUUUCAGCUCAGUUUGUUUCUGACUUCCAGCGUUUUACAAACUUCUCAGAUAUUCACGUAUUUCAGUGGCAGCCGGUGUAUUUUUCUCCAGGGGGGUUUAUACCAAACUCCAAAAUAGAAAAGCAGGCAAAUGAUGUACUAAAGUAUCACAUCUGUAUUUGAAUAAAUGAAAUCAUGAAGAGCUGCUACAGAGCCACAGUCUCUGAGAAGUUUCCUGAAGAUUAUUCCCCAUGAAGAGCUGCUUCAGUUUAGGGCCAGUUUUCAACGUGCUCUUGUUCAGCGUUAGUGUUUAGCGUUUAGGGUUAGGGUUUAUGG